AUGCAGGUCCAAGAUCUAUUUGAACUAUUUAAUGACUAUAAUCCGACUGCCGUGGGGGUUAACAGCGUGAUGACAUACGGAUGGGUAUGUCUCCCGAGUCUAGAGGCCUUACAGACUUUCGUCGAGUCUGUAAAUAGAAAGGAAGAUAAAGAUGGGGAUAUAUGGACGGUUGUUACAGAUUAUGAUCUAACUGUAGUACCUGUGCGGGACUGGAGCGAGCUGAGAUCAAACCAAAAGGCUAGAGUAUCAGACGCAAGCUGA